ACAUUAAUGGCUGCCAAUCUCGAACGAAGCAGUGGGAUUUUUUCCAAUUUUUCAUUUUCGCUCCAAUUUGCAAACUUUAACAAAUAAAGAUUUAAAUAAACGGAACAGUGUAUAAAGUGCAAGUUUCUUAACGGAAACAAAUACCGAAUAUAGGCAUUAUGUGGCCGCAAGCACUGCAAAUGACCAGAGACGAAUGUCGAGGCAUUUUACGGAGACUUGAGCUGGAAUCGUAUUCUCAAGUAAUAAGUGUGUUUCGCGCUCAAGGAGGUCUGAGUGAAGCCAAGGCUAAACUGUUAGAGGAAUUGCGUGGUAUAUUUCACAUAUCAACUGAACGACACCGUGCAGAGGCCCGACGUGUUGCCAAUGAUGAACAAUUGGCCACAAUUGCGGAAGCUAUAUCUGGACCAAAUACAUGGCAAGAAUGGUCGCGUGAAGGUAGACGUCCUUAUCCGUUGUUGCCACGUGUGGCUCCCCAUACAGCCUUAGCUCUAAUUGCCAAUAAUGUGGCGGAGGAAACAGCUAAUGAAAAUCAAAAGCUUCCCUACCCUGCUGAAACUGGUGAGGCCAUUAAGGAAGAACAGCAACAAAUUGAAAAGCAAAGACCAAGCGAAAUUGUGGAGCGUAAUAAUCAUGUAGUAACCAGUGAUCCGUUCAAAAUACCAGAAAUACCCUCUGGUACUGGCAAAAAGAAUUUAAAACGCAAUAUACACGAUCAAAAUCAAAAUGUAAGUGGUGUUGGUUCGGGUAAAAAACGUGCUAUCAGCGAAAAUUCACCACAAAAGAAUCAUCAACAUUCUGCGGCGAAUCGGCAACAAUAUCCACACAUAACGGCAAAUUCACCACAAGUGAACAACAAUAUUACUGCGUCCACCAACCAUGAACAGAAAUCUAAACAACAGCAGCAAGCCGCAGCAGCUGCUGCUGCACAGCAUCAACAUUUACAAAAACAACGUUAUUUCCAUCAUCAACAGCAGUUGACCAAGCAGAAAAUGGCUAAGAAGGCAGCUGCUGCAGCAGCCGCUGGUAGUGCGAGCAAGAGGCAAGCAACACCGGCCAAAAGUGGUAGAAGGGCUCAACAGAAGUUAUUAUUGGAACAGCAUCAGCAACAACAACAGCAACAGCAGAUGUCUCUCAAACAAAUUGGUGAACCACAAUCACAAAAUAUACCACAUAGUGGAUCAAUGCAUAUCGAUCUGACAUCAUCGCAACCAAUUGCCGUGAAUUCUGUUUUGACCCAACAACAAAAUGAUCUGCAAUUCUUGACAUAUGCCACCCAGAACGUGCCGCCGCAACAGAUUCUAAUGGAUGAACAACAAUCUGCUGCACAAACUCAAAUACAUAUAUUGCCUGCGAAUCAACCGCCAAGUGGAACAUCGUUAAUAACACCGGCAACACCGUCGUUACUACCGUCACCAACAACGCCCCAAAUUGCAGCUUCGAAGCGCGAUGUCUCGAAAAAUCUUAAUAAACUGCAGCAGAUGCAGCAGAAUCAACACCAACCUGUCCCAAUAUCCUUCCCCUCCGGCACACCUUCAGUAAUAUCAUCGCAUGAUAUGCAAAGUAAUAUCGGUACGAUAAUAACCUCCCAAUCGCCCGCUGUUAAAUCAUCUACGGAGAAAUCUCUGAUCUCUACCACACCAGUGCAAAAAUAUAUUGUCGAGGAACGCCAGCCGAUCAUAAGUACGGCACCCGGUUCGAUUGUUAGUUUACAAAGUUCUCCAAAUCCAUCAUCGGCGAAUGCAGGUUCUACCAGCCAUAUAAUACAGGUAUCAAAUGCUGGUGGACAGACAUCUCAAAUAAUGGCCUUGCCACAAUUUUCCGCAGCAGCUACAAAGUUGCGUGCAGUAAACACUACGCUUAUAGCUCCGGGGUCAAAAAUUUCCCCGACGAACAAUAAGAAAAUUACAACCAUAACAUCACCGCUGUCGCCGAUAAAUGCAGGUGCAUUGCAUGAAUUGGCAAACGUGGCUAGCACCCAGAGUCAGGUCCUGCAUAUUGUGGAAACGACACAAGGCGGCAGCUCAAAUCCCACAAACAGUACAUCAUUUGCUUCAUCCCUGCAGACACCACCGGCGGUAAUUCAAAUACAGAGCGGUACAACAGGUGUAAGUGCUGUUAGUACUCCAUCCGAUGUUGUCCCUGUUGCUCCUGCGCCAGCUCCAACAUCACAGAGUAAGGUGUUGACUACGACAAUAUUGCCUUUGGUUUUAUCCGGAACUGGUGGUGGUGUUAGUGUUGGUGGCAACAGCACCAGCAGCUCUGGCAGUUCUCCUUCCAUUAGCAAUGCGCCGAUUAUAAUCGGAUCAACGUGUUCCACUGCAGGCAGCUCCACUACAACAUCCACAACCACAACAGCUGCUACUGCUACCACCUUCAUUAAGAAUCUUCCCUCGACAGUGGUAUUGAAUACCAACACAAAUACUUUGACACCAGUUACCGUUACGGGCACCAUUUUCUCCACGCUGGGCGCUGGAGCAACAGUGUUUCGUAAACCGCAAAAUAUAAUAAAAACAUCAGUGGCCACCGCCGCCGUCACGUCCACUUCCAAAUGUACGACUGCCGUCUCGGGUGCUCCGCAUAUCAUUAGCAAUGUAAAGUUAACUCCCAUGAAUGUUAGCACCACGAACGCCGUGGUGACACCGCUCUGCUCAGCAAAUUCAACGUUUAAAAAUGUGUUGCCAACCACUUCGGGUAUGAUGAGAACGAGUGUAAAAAUCUGUCAGUCACCCAAUGGAAAAGUUGUAAUACAGCCGGCAGGUUUGAUGGAUGGUUCGAAGGUGAAGUUGAAUACAUCUACACUGUCACAUAAGAUUUUAGCCAGUAGCGUGACGAAUUCAGCAACGGCUACAUCGGUUGCCGGUGGGACGGGAGGCCAACGCAUUGCCAUACAAAAAGUACAAAUAAUUCCGGCACCAUUGGGAUCUCCGGCUGCUGGGACGACGACUAUUCAAGCAGCUGGAACAACGGCCUUGGGAUCUAAAACCACUACAUUGACGGGCAAGAGCAAUAUGAUUUUUAUGCCUUCAUCCGCAACGGCUAAUGUUCGACCAGUUACCCUCUCUAAAAUGGGCAACAACAUAUUGUUGAAAUCAACCGCAUGUGCACAGCUGGCCAGUUCUCCAGAUGGCAAUAGUGGAGCAAAAACAAACAUCGUUGUUCUGGGACCAUCCUCCUCCAUCCAGACACAGAACACCAAUCCCAAUCCUAGCACAUCUACAUCCACAUUAAAGGAUACCCUAAGCCAGAAUAAAAUUGAAAUGAACAGCAGUGCUUCAUCGUUUAUGAAUGAAGAUGCACCCUUGGAUAUUCUAAAUAUGCCUAUAGUAAUGGAUCCGGGUGUGGGCGUAGCAUCUGGCGGUGGAGAUACUGUAACCGUAUUAUCCGGAGGAAAUAUACUAGAUAGCAAUGCGGCAGCAAAUACUACAACCACAACUCCAAUUAUUGUUGAACAGGGCAACAGUACCCAUUUGCCACUGUCGUCAGCGACCCAACAAACGGUUAUACUUGGGGCUACCGACUGGGAAAUGGAAUUAGACCAAGCCAUAACUACGGCGGCACACAACAACAAUACCACAAUUCAAUACCAAAAAUCCAGCACAAGUAAUACAAAACAAAAGCGAUCCAUAUCAACAUCAUCGUCUUCGAAUUCCUCGUCAUCGUUGUGUGUCACCGCCAAUAAGAUGAAACGCAUCAACAGUGAUUUGAUUUCCAUUGAGUUGAAAUCGAAUAGGCCCACCACAUUAUCCAGCCACGUAAAAUCAUUGCCUUCCUCGAAUAACAACAGCACGAACAACAUAAUUGUUGUCGACAGCUUUGAUGAUGUCAUUGUGGAGGAACACGAAGAUGAUUUGACAUCCACCUGUUCCACGAAUGUGGAGCAAACGUCUACUGAAACGGCAAAAAAUCGAAUCCACGACGACGACCAACCAAAAAUAUUAGAUAUGCAAAUAUACCAGCAGCAUGAUGGUGGUGUUGAUGGUGGCAAAUCACAAAUAACCAUUGUUGCCGACAAUAAUGAAGGCCCGGCAACAAAUGUGUCGGAGAACAGACAAAGGAAAAUCCAAUCGAAUGUCAUGAGAUCACAACCACAACAACAACCGGAACAACGACAACGUCAACAGCAUAUGGAAUGUGAAGUAGAUGCGGGAUUUGAUGAAACAAUAGUUUCUGAGAUCGAUGAAAAUACCGCAAUAGAAUACAUUGAAGAAGAUGGAGCUUUAGUCACAUCAUCGUCGUCCUCGUUGUUGCCAACAGUUACCAGCCAAUCCAACUCCAAGGAGUCAUCAACCGAAGCAGUAAUUUUAACCAAAGCUCUUAGUAGUGGUGUAAGCACCACAACUAUUAAAUCAUCUCUAAACACCAGCAAUAUUGGAGCCAAACCCAGUAAAGAGCACCCCACUGAUGCAAUGGAGACAACAGUGAAUAAUUCAAACACCCAACUACAGCAGCUGCAGCCAGAAACACAAGCCAACAACAGUGGUAGUAGUACACAGGUUGAACCUUAA